CUCAGAAGUAUUGUCUACGGGAGAGGAAGAUAGUGGACACAGACUCUUCAGCUCACCUUCGCAAGUUCGCAGAGGGCCUCAAGCGUCGAGAUCUGUCGAUUCGGGCCAGAGGCAUCCAUUUACUGCAAUCUCUGCCUCUCAUUCGCGUCUGUCGUUUCUCCCCCAUCAUCAUGGCCGCCAGUGGGAGUGGCCUCGCGCUGAAGAUGGGCGUGAUGUACCUUCUGCUGGUGGGGGACGCCAUCAUCAACACAAUCUUCGAGCACGAAUGGAACGACCACACACACCUCACGGCACUCAUAUGGUACGUCUGGACGGAUUGAUGGAUGGAUGGAUGGAUGGGCGGUGGGUGGUUGUUUGUGUGUGUUUGGUGCGCUGACCGUGCAGCACUCAGGUGUCGGUUCGGCUCCUGCUGCUGGUGUGGUUUCUGGUGCUGCUGGCGCCGACCUUUUUGCUGCGGUGGGGCCUCACUCUUGUGGCGCUGAGGGACUUCAUGCCCCUGUGCGUCACAUGGGCGGCCUCCAUCGUCUUGACACUCGCAUUCAGAAUACCCAGAAUGGUAUGCAGUUGAGAAGGAGAAGAGGGAGGGGUUUGCCGGGCUUUGCUUCUUGUCUGAGUGUGUCUCAGCAAGGUUACGGAAUGGACUACUUCCUUGACGGCUGGACGUACCGAAUCUUCCUCGUACUUCACACAUUCGGUACGCGCAGCGAAAGGCACUCAGUCAGGCAGCACAUAUGGUGGGGGUGUGUGUGCGUGUUGGAUGCCUGUGCAGCGUCUGUGGGUCUGUACGUGGUGUGUCUGUGGAGCUGCAUGCGGCUGGCGAGACCCCACUACUACCUGCCCCACCUGUGGAACAAACAGGGCAAACGGGGCGGGCAGUCACGGUAGGUAGAGUGUUGCUUGCGACGCUGUGAUGCACAUGCUGUUCAUAGUACACGGCGUUAAACCACACUGGCAAAACC